UCACAUGCGCCUCUUGUUGGUUUGCCGGCGCUUGUAAACCUGAGAAGAAGUAUCAACAUGGACCACGAAGAUCAGAGCCGCGGUGCGUCUGCAGAAGGCAGAGAUAUUGCUUCAGUAAUGGGAUUUUCUGGCUUUGGUAAGAAAGCAAGGACAUUUGAUUUUAAUGCAAUUUUUGAACAGACUCGAAGAACUGCAAUCGAAAGAAGUCAGAGAGUUCUAGAAGAGAGAGAAAUGGAAGAAGGAUCUAGGAAAAAAGAAAGUAUGGCAAACAGUGCUUCUAAAAAUGUGCUUCCAUCAACAUCUACUGUUAGUGAAAGUAGUAGUUCUGAUGAUGAACUCAUUGGACCACCACUUCCGACUAAAACAUUUAUACAAACGUCUGCUGCUGAGGAAGAUGAGUUUAUUGGACCACCUAUUCCUCGCUUUAAGGACAGUGAAGAUGAUGAUGAUGAUGAUGAAGGCAACAAUGAAGAUGAUGAUAACCCUGUGAAACGAAUUCCCGACACACAUGAAAUCACACUUCAACAUGGCACAAAGACGGUGUCUGCCUUGGGCCUGGAUCCUUCUGGUGCCCGUCUGGUCACUGGUGGCUAUGACUAUGAUGUGAAAUUUUGGGACUUUGCUGGAAUGGAUGCUUCUCUGCAAGCUUUUAGGUCUCUACAGCCUUGUGAAUGUCACCAAAUCAAGUCAUUGCAGUACAGUAUUACGGGUGAUGUUAUUCUUGUUGUUGCUGGAAAUUCUCAGGCUAAAGUUCUGGACAGAGAUGGCUUCCAAGUAAUUGAAUGUGUCAAAGGUGAUCAAUACAUAGUGGAUAUGGCAAAUACAAAGGGGCAUACUGCAAUGUUGAAUGGUGGAUGCUGGCAUCCCAAAAUCAAGGAGGAGUUUUUAACAUGUUCAAAUGAUGGAACAGUCAGAACAUGGGAUAUAAAUGAUGAAAAAAAACACAAGAAUGUAUUCAAGCCAAGAUCCAUGAAGGGCAAGAAGGUCAUUCCAACCUGCUGUACCUACAGCAGGGAUGGCAAGUUGAUUGCUUCUGGCUGCCAGGAUGGAACAAUACAUAUUUGGGACAGGAACCUAAGUGUACACACAAAAUUCCACUGUCGGCAGGCUCAUGUACCAGGUUCUGACACAUCCUGUCUGACAUUCUCUUAUGAUGGUACUCUGCUAGCAUCUAGGGGAGGAGAUGACACUCUUAAAACUUGGGACAUGAGAAACUUUAAAAACCCUCUCAAUGUCAUCACUGGAUUAUCUACAUUCUUUCCAAUGACCGACUGCUGUUUUAGCCCAGAUGAUAAGAUGAUUGUCACUGGCACAUCAGUUAAAAAGGGAGACGGAAAUGGAAAACUUAUUUUCUUUGACCGUGAAACUUGCCAGAAGAUGUAUGAGAUAGAAGUAACCAAUUCAAGUGUUGUUCGUUGUUUAUGGCAUCCAAAACUAAAUCAAAUCAUGGUUGGGACUGGAAAUGGACUUGCUAAAGUAUAUUAUGAUCCUGUUAAAAGUCAAAGAGGAGCAAAGUUGUGUGUUGUAAAGAGCAAGCGAAAAGAGAAACAAGCAGAGGCUCUAACUCAAGAUUACAUCAUCACACCUCAUGCUCUUCCAAUGUUCCGUGAGGAUCGGCAGCGUAGCACAAGGAAGCAACUUGAAAAGGACCGACUCGACCCAGUCAAGUCUCAUAAACCAGAGCCACCAGUCUCUGGACCAGGUCGAGGUGGACGUGUUGGAACACAUGGAGGAACUCUGUCUUCAUUUAUCGUGAAGAAUAUAGCUCUAGAUAAAACUGAUGAUAGCAACCCCCGUGAAGCCAUACUGCGACAUGCCAAGGAUGCAGAAGAAAAUCCCUAUUGGGUUGCCCCAGCUUAUAAAAGAACCCAACCAAAUCCAGUGUUUGCUGAUGAAGAAUCAGAAGACGAGGAUGCAGAUAAGGAGCCACAAUGGAAAAUACGUAAAAUCUGAAAUCAGACCAAACAUGUUCUUUGUAUCUUCUUUGCUUUUCAAAAAUUUAUUUUUUACCUAAUGUAAAACAGGGCCUCUUUGAUUUUACUAUCAUUUUGUAUUUGGUAACUCAACUAUGUAAGUUUAGAGUGAGAUUUUCAACAUGUGGAGGUAAGGUUAAUUUUUACAGUAGUGUUUGUUAGCAUGUUGUGACAUAGAGAAUAGUAAAUUGACUUCUGAUCAAUAAAAAUGUUUUGGAUA